UAGACCUACUAUUCUAAAUCUUAGUUCAGGCUAAAGCACCCUUACCUAGUGUGCUCGUGUGCAAGACUUUUCAGUUUUCAAGUACUACUAAUAUUCUUCAUUUCAUUCACAGUAGUAUAUUUCUUCUCUCUAUCCAUCUCUAAUGGCUACUGGGAACGGUGGUGGUUCUGGUUCACCUUGUGGUGCUUGUAAAUUUUUGAGAAGAAAGUGUGCGUCAGAUUGUGUGUUUGCUCCGUAUUUUUGUUCUGAACAAGGUCCGGCUCGGUUUGCGGCGAUUCAUAAGGUUUUUGGUGCUAGUAAUGUUUCGAAGUUGUUAUUACAUGUACCUGUUCCUGAUCGGUGUGAAGCUGUUGUUACAAUUGCUUAUGAAGCUCAAGCAAGAGUUAGAGAUCCUGUCUAUGGUUGUGUUGCUCAUAUUUUUGCACUUCAGCAACAGGUGGCAUGUUUACAAGCUCAACUUAUGCAAGUGAAAUCACAGUUGGUGAACAAAGUUGCCGCUGACACACGGUCACUAGAGAAUCAUAAUUGGAUGGAAAACGUUGCUGCUGCUGUAACAUCUCAACAUAUGAGUUACCCAGCUACGUAUAUGCGGUCAACGGUUUCUCCUCAAAGUUCACUUGAAUCAGUUGACAAUAACAACUGCAGUAAUAAUAUGGAUAUAUCAUCAAUACAAGGAAUGCAUUAUACAAGCAGCGGCAGGGAUAAUGGUUAUAAUAUGAAUGAACAUCUUCAUUCAUAUCAAUCUUGUAACAAGAAAAGAAUGAUUUCUAACAAUGAAUUGGGUGAACUUCAAGCUUUAGCUCUUAGGAUGAUGAGGAAUGAUUUCUAGUAAAAUAAUUUUCUAAUAAUUUAUUAUGAAUUUUAUCACUUCUUUUUCCCACCUUUCUCUCUCAGAUGAUAUGCGCGGCUAUCAGCUUGGUGUUGUUUUUCCUUGUACAUAGAAAGUAAAAGAAUAAUACUGUAAUCUGAGAACCUGGGCAUGGUCAUUUAUUUACUUUAGACAUGGUCAUUAUUUUCUUCAUUUCA